AUGAUUCCUCUAGAAGACAGACUACGUAUGCAAAAGGCAUAUGAGAGUGGCGAGUUCACCGACUUUGCCUUCACUUGUAAAGGAGUAUGCACUGGGAAGUUCAAGGAAGCUUCCUCCUGGACAUAUGAUAUGAACGACCAUCCUCUUGAUGCCGUAAACCGCAUGGCCGAAUAUCUCUAUACUGGAACCUUUACAGUUCCAGAUGGCGGAGAUAUGUUCACUCAUGUAACAAGGUUCACAAUGGCAGACAAGUACGGGAUCGGUGGACUGGUGGAACUCGCAAGCAAGAUGUUCCUCGAGUCGUUGCACAAAGACUGCAACUAUCACGACUUUGCCAGUUCAAUUCCAGUUAUCUACAAGCUUCCCAAAGAAACAUCUAAAAACCUUCGAGCCGGGGCUUUGAUCUUCGCAAGAACAAAAAUGGGGACGGCGCUGACUUUCUUGUACGACUGCCCAAAGUUUGCGAGAGACCUUCUGAGUCUCUUGCUACUAAUUCCACUAAUGGGUACUUAUUAUAACUCGGAUUGUGAAUCGAGAAGCGUGGUUCCCAUUCAGGUUCUACAGUGUCGAUGUCAGAAAUGUGGCAAGGGGGGUGCUAACGCUGGACUGAAUCUUCAUGCUUGGAGUAAGAUAUUGGGAUACGAGCUCGACAUGAAUGAGAAAGAUAUUCGAUUGGGGAAGGAUCUGGGUUACAACAAAUGGUAUAUAUGA